AUGCGAACGAACGCUCUGUUGGCCCUCCUUGGGCUAUUACCGUGCUUGCUUGGUUCCCCUCUCCAACCCAAGUCUCAACUAUCAUUCUCCUCGAAGGAUCUGAGCGCCCAGCAUGUAGUGGAUGAAUCGAUCUAUAUGGCAAUGGAGAGAUAUGAUGAUCCGGUCCUCGCAUUGCUGUCUAUACAGCCUGAGCUAGCUGAGACGCUUGCGGAGAAGAGGUUGAUCCAGGUGUUUGGGGACGAUGGACCGGUAUGGAUGACGGAGGGGGACAAGUUGAGGCUCAGGCGGGAGAGGAAGAAAUUCAUGGAUGUCACAGAUUUCCACGAUGACAGCCUUCAUGCCUCGGCCAUCGUACCUCAAGAGCCUCACAUGCCCCCUUUCACUCAGCAUGCCUGGGUGAAACCAUGUUUUGAGGAUGUCGACACCAACCAUAUGCGCGAUGUCCUCACACACAUGACGAGCUACUACAACCGAUACUACCACCACGUCAACGGAGCUAGGAGCGCUACGUGGCUCCAUAACCAUAUCCUUGAUAUCAUCAAAGAAUCGCCUUUCCAGACGUACAUUUCAUUGGAAUAUCACACUCACUGGUUCAUGCAACCAAGCAUCAUCGCCCGAUUUGAGCCACCUAUACGGAACGCUUCUGCUCCGCUGACUAUCAUCGGUGCUCAUCAAGAUAGCGCAAAUUACGCCUUCCCCCUAUUGCCUGCACCUGGUGCCGAUGAUGACAUGUCGGGAAGCGUCUCCAUCCUCGAAGCCUUCCGCGUCCUCGCUAUGCGAGGUUUCAUCCCUGAAAGAGGACCGGUCGAGUUCCACUGGUACGCUGCUGAGGAAGCUGGUCUUUUGGGCAGUCAAGCAAUUGCAAAAUAUAAGAAAGAUCAACAGGCUACCAUCGGCGCCAUGAUGGAGUUUGACAUGACCGCCUUUAUCUUCCGGAACGCCACCGAGUCCAUCAACUUUAUCAUUGAGCAGUCGAACAGCAACCUGACAAACUGGGCUGUUGACCUGUCCAAGGAAUACAUCGACCUCACCACUCGAGUGUUGUCCAGCAUGGGGCCGAACGCUGGAUCCGACUACAUGUCCUUUACUCAACAAGGCUUCCCAGCUGCCUUUGCGACUGAAGGAGACCCAUCUACGAAACAUAGCCCCAUGGGCGACUUUGAUCCUUAUGUCCACACUGACAGGGACAGGAUGGACGUCGAUAAUGAGCUGGGCGUAUUCUCUAUCGACCACAUGGCUCAAUUCUCUCGACUGGCCAUUGCGUUUGCCGUCGAGCAAGCUAAAUGGAGCACUCAGCAUCGUAGGGAGAGAGAUGGCACUCAUGUGUAG